CCCCGGAUCGAGCAACGUACAGGAGUCUCUCUCAGGGUUGACACACCGAAUGAUCUUUCAACUUUCUUUCUAUCUCGUGUCCGACUUCGAGUCUCGCAAACAGUUGGAGAGGUGGGCUUCUCUACGGCAUGCGGUAUGUUUCUCUUGUCACGCCAGUUCUCCUCGGGGCUACGUUGGCCAUUAUUCGGUUCACGGAGGGUCAGGCUCUCGCGGUAAAUGCGUUUUGCAAAACGACUACAUGGGCCGCUAUGACAUUGACGUAGAGCAUGUGGAGUGCUGCCCGUCGGAAGUCCUGGACCGCCCAUUCCCAUGUUCCGUCUCUCGCGCCAGGAAAGACCUGCACACUGUCUUAUUCUCAUUCAACGCUACCUCGCGUGACAUCUUCGAUGACUACAAAAUCGCUCAGGUAGUGUACGCCUCCUGGAGCUCUCGGGGCGGAUGGAAGCAAAACGCCAUCGUCAUGAAGUUUCCCCGCGCGUGCACGUCAGUCCGCACUUACCUGCCCGGCCUGUACAAGCAUUUCCUGGAACACGCCACGAGGGCCGAAGGGCCAUUUCAAGGGUGCCCCGUACCACCGGGCUCAUACCGGUACGAGAACGUCUCCAGUAGGGGACUGGUGGUCGCGAACAUCCCGAGCCUGUACUACGGCAGGUGGCGCGUGGACGGCCGGGCCUACGACAGGGAGGCGUGCAUCAUGUGCAUCCGACUGACGCUGCGAAUCAGCCCUCGCAAAGCGAAUACGGGUUGACCGGCUGCUCGUGGCAGCGAGCUACAAAGUAACUUCUCACGUUUAAAAAUAAACAGUGGACUAGCA